AUGUCCGUCGCAAAUGCCAAGCCGCGGAAACCCGGUGCGCUCUGGCGGGCCGCGUCCACCUUUGUCAUGGCCACAACCGGCAUGCUUUGCCGGUCGUUUCUUUACGGCCUCAAUGAUGUCGAGGUCGUUGGCCUCGACAAUUUCUUAAAGCUUCUCGAUGCACGCAAGGACGUCGAGGCCCGGCAGCGAGGGCUGAUCACAGCCUCCUCCUCAGCACCAUCGGAUUCAGGGCCGUUACCGCAGGCGCCGGCUACGUCCUCGAAAUCUCCCGCCAGCGAGGUCUUCGCCUCGUCCUUCUCGCCCUCCCUCUACUACUCCACAAACGGCGCCGACCGUUGGCCCGCACCCUCUGCCUUUGCCUCCAACCGCCACGCCUGGGUCCACGUCUUCCCCGAGGGCCUUGUCCACCAGCAGCGUGAUCGCGGCCUGCGCUACUUCAAGUGGGGCGUGGCCCGCCUCAUCCUCGAGAGCGAACCCACCCCGGACAUCGUGCCCAUGUUCAUUGACGGGCUGGACCGCGUCAUGCACGAAGAGCGCACGUUCCCGCGGUUCCUGCCGCGCAUCGGCCAGAAGAUUCGUGUCGUCUUUGGCGACAUUCUCGACCCCGAGGCGUUUGCCGACUUGCGCGACCGGUGGCAGCGUCUGGUGGCGCGCAGCCUGCGGAGUACAAGACACAGCGGCGCCAGAACGGACGGCCCGGACGGCGCCACGGCCGUCGAAAUCGAGAUCGACCUCAAGUACGGCGAGGAGGCGCAGCAGCUGCGCAAAGAAACCGCUCAUCGCAUGCGGGAAGAGAUUUUGAAGCUCCGACGACGCUUCGGAUACGCCGAGGAGGACCCACGCCUGGGUCUCGCCGAGACCUGGGCCGACGAGCCGAACAAGAAGCGCUAUCGCAGCCAGGUGGAUGACAGCAUGGUGUACCGGGAAUGA